AAAAUAUUUCCUUCCACGCAAGGGUGUGGUCAGAGCGGCUUGGUCCACCUCCCUGCUAGCGGUGGUGAUGUGCCCACUUCUCCAAAUACGUCUGUGUCACACAUUCUAUAGGGCAAUACUUGCAGACUAGGUAAUCUCUCCGGCGCCCCCGUUCAAUGGCUGUGUGAGAUACGGAGAAUGCAUAGCGUUGUAGCUGCCUAAAGGUGGCUGUGCGCUGCAAGGCUGCGGCACAGCAACUGAGGCUCUCGCGGAGGCACCCUGAUGUUGCCGACACUUUCCCUCUUCAGUCACUAUUCUUCCCCCCCGAUUCCGUCCAAAAAUGUCGCGGAAGCUCCUACUCCAAGAUCAUACGGCACUUCAGGGAGAUGGAGGGGCAAACCCAGCAGAUGCGGCACAUAUUGAUCCAUCCUCUACACAUUCCAGCACAGUUUUUGGCGAAGCAGCGCUAUGGUCGAGAUGGUAGAAGACCAAACAACCGGCCAAAAGCUCGCACACAAACUUUUCGGCAAAUACUACGGCACAGACUUCGAAAAAUUCAAGGAGGCAUUCAGGAACGAAAUCAGCAUAUAAAGCGGUUACAAUCGCAUCUGCAUAUUAUCCGAGUGUUUGGAUCGUACACUUGCGGCCGUGAGCUAGGCAUGCUCCUCAUUCCAAUUGCUAACGGAGGAGAUCUUAGAGCUUAUCUUCAAGAUAUCAAAGACUCAGACACUCCUAUAACAGAAAAGCAAUACUCUGUCCUCAAUCACUCAUUUGGAUGCCUUGCGAGUGGUCUUGCAUUUAUUCACAAGCAUACAAUUCGGCACAAAGAUAUCAAACCAAAGAGUAUAUUAAUUCACAAUGACCGGGUUAUCUAUACGGAUUUCGGUAUUUCAUAUGAUGCAAGUCAGCAAAAUACCACCACUACUGGCAAACCGGAAGCUCUCACAAUGCGCUAUUGUGCUCCAGAAGUGGCCAAUUGGGAGAAAAGAAACAGGAAAUCAGACGUCUUCUCUCUGGGCUGUGUUUUCAUAGAAAUAUUAGCCGUGCUGGAACCUAAUAUUGAUUUAGGAGUCUCUAACUCUGAUCCUUAUUGGGAAAUGGUCGAUCAUAUUCGGAAGGCUCUUAUCUAUCUCAGUACAUCCGAUUCCGGACGAGACCAGGUGUUCCGCGCUUGUCACUCCAUGUUGGAGCCUAGAAGUGCAGACCGAAUCGGAGCUGAAGCCCUACUUCAUCGUCUUCUAGAUAUCCAAAGCUCUCAUCCAGAUCCGGUUUACGAGCUCUUUUGCAAUGACUGUGCUCCGAGAAGAAAAGACGAGGGUACGACGGCAGCAACUGGUCAAAGACUCGAUUUAUCUCGCGAGGAUGAUCAUCCAUUGGAAGAAAGUUCAGUCGAAGAAAGUUCACCCGAAGAAAGCUCGCCCGAAGAAAGCUCACUCGAAGAAAGCUCACCCGAAGAAAGCUCACCAGAAGAAAGUUCACCAGAAGAAAGUUCACCAAAAGAAAGUUCACUAGAAGAAAAUGAACCUCUUCACACCAACCGAGCCUUUUCACCAUUACAGGGAAACGCCUUCAGCUCUCUUUCUACCCAAGCUGCGAUACGACAGGUCAUGGAAAAACCUCUCACGAAGAUAGAGCUGCCUAAGAUGUAUCUUUUUAUUGUCUGGUCGCUUGGUAAUUUUGGUUUCAUCAGGAUUGGAGUUACAGUGAACGUCCCUCGCAGACUGAAGAAUUGGGAGAAACAAUGCAAGCAUCAUGUCCGGGAGUAUAUGCAACAUGCUCAAGGCAAAAGAUUACUCGUCAAAUACGCUCGGCGUGUUGAACAGCUUGUUUUUGCUGAGUUGAAAGAUGUUCGAUUUCAAGAAAACCCUUGUGAAGGAUGCCAUAUGAAACACGUGGAAUGGUUCCGCACAACACCGGAACAUGCUGCCAAGGUCAUUAAGAAAUUCUCGGACUGGACAGCGAGAGAUCCAUAUGAGUUUGAUCAAACGAGCAACCGUUGGAGACUAGGUGAACAGACCAGUGUGCAUGAGAUGGAAAUGCUUUGUCAGCCGAUAGUUUUGGAGCCGUGGUAAAUGAACGCGGCACUUACUACGGCGAGGGGUUAAGACCUUUCGGUACUGGUGGCAAGGUAGCUAACUUACUCAUAGAAUGCUUAUAACACUUAUCACUCUCGCCUUUCACUGAAGGUAGACGAACACCUG